AUGAUAAGCACUAGCCAACGACUUGUCGCUCGUACUCGACGUCAUCAUACGUUACCAGUCUUACCAAACGUAUUGACACGUCGACAUACAUCAUCAUCUAUACCAUCAAUUGAAUCUCAUGAUACAGACAAUACGCUCUUAACACGUAACUUUAUCGCUAGAUCGUUAUAUGCCAAGGAAAAUGGUUAUUUUACCACUUACGAGCGUAAAGUAUUACAUGCACCUCUUGAAAAGAUUAAUUUCAAUAAUCUAUGGGGUGCUGGAGAAUAUCGUCAUAGGAUAGAUGUAUUAUAUAAAGAACAUGCUGAAGCUUGGCUCACACCUGUCGAGAUCUUUGCACCGUAUUAUUCACACGCAGUAGCACGUUACAUUCUGGAUUCUUCAGCUUGUUGGUCUCUUGCGAAAGAGCUUGUAAUUUAUGAAAUUGGUGGUGGAUCUGGAUCAAAUGCACUUUAUAUUCUCAAUUAUUUAAAGGAUACCGUACCUCAUGUGUAUGCAAAGACCAAGUAUACUUUGAUUGAAAUUAGUCCUGUUAUGGCUGAAAGACAGAAGAAACGAGUAGCUGCUGUACAUCCACAGCAAUGUACAGUCCUUCAUCAGGAUUUCUUGACCUUUGCAGAUACAUACAAGACAAAAAUAAACACGCCAUGCUUUGUUUUAGCGCUAGAGGUGCUGGAUAAUUUACCACAUGAUAAAGUGACACUACAGAAUGGCAAAUGGUACGAGACUGUUGUCAAGAUACAGAAUUAUGAAGACAAGUCGACGACAGAAGGUCCAGUGCUAUAUGAAGCCAUGCGACCGUUGGAGGACAUGUUGAUUCAUCAGACACUUCGUCACUUUGGCUGUGAUUUGCCACUCCGUGUGUCGUACAAGUAUAAUACUAGUCUAGCACAGCGAGUACGACGUAUGCUGAAGAACGAUGAUCCCGUACUUUACUCGUCGUUUAUUCCUACGGGUGCAAUGCAGCUGCUUAACACCCUCCGCACGGUAUUUCCAAAACACCAUUUGAUUGCUGCUGAUUUUGACUCGCUCCCGGCGCCAAACCUGGAUACUACGUCACCGAUCAAGGCUAUCAGACAUGAAUUGAGUCCCACAGCGACAUCGUCUGGGACGCUUUUUGCUGGCAAUGCACCACUUGUUGCGUCGAAAGUCAAAAAUGUGACGAAGGAUCACGACACGUACCUGGUGCAAGGCGGGAUUGCUGACAUCUUCUUUGCCACGGACUUUAAUCGACUUAAAAAAGCGUAUUGCUCCACGCUACAGCGUCAGCCUCAUGAGGUUUCCGUCAUCAAGUCGUCAGAAUUUUUGAAGGAGUUUGCUGAUCUACAAAAGACCAAGACGAUCACUCGGUACAACCCACUGCUAGAAGACUAUUCCAACACGAGCUUUAUUUUGUCUUGA